AUUGACAAUCCAUCUCUAGCCAGCAUUUUUCGAAUCCAAGGAUACAAAAGGCAGCUCCCUCUUCGCAGGGGUCCACGUCUUCUGCACACUAUUGUCUUGUCUUCUACACAUUUCACCUCUCAUUUACUUCACUUUUUCACCCAAAUACACAAACGGCGGGAAACCGAGAGAAAAAGAAAGAAAAAAAGAAAAUCGAAGAGAAAAUGAAGGAAAGAACGAAAGGAAUGGAAAGAUCUGUAGACGAAAGAUACACUCAAUGGAAGUCUUUAGUUCCUGUCCUCUACGAUUGGCUUGCCAAUCACAACCUCGUUUGGCCUUCCCUCUCUUGCCGAUGGGGUCCACAACUUGAUCAAGCUACCUACAAGAAUCGUCAGCGUCUUUACCUUUCUGAACAGACUGAUGGCAGUGUUCCAAAUACACUUGUAAUAGCAAACUGUGAGAUUGUUAAACCUAGGGUUGCUGCUGCAGAGCACAUAGCCCAGUUCAAUGAAGAAGCACGCUCUCCCUUUGUGAAGAAGUAUAAAACAAUUAUUCAUCCUGGCGAGGUGAACAGAAUCAGGGAACUCCCACAAAACAGUAAAAUAGUAGCCACACACACUGACAGUCCUGAUGUACUCAUUUGGGAUGUUGAGGCUCAACCCAACCGUCAUGCUGUCCUGGGAGCUACAGAGUCUCGUCCUGAUCUGAUAUUGACUGGGCACCAAGAUAAUGCUGAAUUUGCUCUUGCUAUGAGUCCAACUCAGCCAUUUGUGCUUUCUGGAGGUAAGGACAAGUCAGUUGUUUUAUGGAGUAUUCAAGAUUAUGUCUCAACUUUGGCGGCGGAACCAGCUUCUACAAAAUCUCCAGGAUCUGCUGGUGCCAAUACUAAAAGCUCAUCUAAGGGUGGUGGGAGUACUGAUAAACCUACAGAGAGCCGCUCUAUUGGACCGCGGGGUAUCUUCCUAGGGCAUGAGGACACUGUUGAAGAUGUUCAGUUCUGCCCAUCAAGUGCACAGGAGUUCUGCAGUGUAGGUGAUGAUUCUUGCCUUGUACUAUGGGAUGCCAGAACUGGUUCUACUCCGGCUUUGAAGGUUGAAAAAGCUCAUAAUGCUGAUAUUCAUUGUGUUGACUGGAACCUUCAUGAUGUAAAUCUCAUUCUGACAGGGUCUGCUGAUAACACAAUUCACAUGUUUGACCGUCGAAACAUCGUGUCUGGUGGAGUUGGGACUCCUGUUCAUGUAUUUGAGGGUCACAGUGCUGCUGUCCUUUGUGUGCAGUGGUCACCAGACAAGUCAUCCAUCUUUGGCAGUUCAGCAGAGGAUGGAAUUUUAAACAUCUGGGAUUAUGAGAAGAUUGGUAAAAAGCAAGACUCUACUGGAUCAAGAGCGCCAAAUUCUCCACCAGGCUUAUUCUUCCGACAUGCUGGGCAUAGGGACAAGGUUGUCGACUUCAACUGGAAUGCAUCUGAUCCAUGGACAAUCGUCAGUGUGUCUGAUGAUUGUGAGAGUACUGGAGGAGGUGGCACACUUCAGAUAUGGCGGAUGAUUGAUCUGAUCUACCGGCCGGAGGAUGAGGUUUUGGCGGAGCUGGACACGUUCAAAUCUCACAUUCUCAGUUGUGAAAAAAAUUAAGUUGGCCAUCACUUAAAAGUUCACUGGACGUUUCGUUGUAUGUUGUGCUAAUGCUCAACCUUUAGAUUCUAGACACUCGCAAUUAGAAAGUUCAUAUUUUGUGGGGGUUUGAAUGUUUUAAUUAGAUUUAGAAGGGUCAAUUAAGUAUUUAUAUUAAGGUAUGUUUGUUCAAGGUUUACAAAUUGAGAAACCAAAAAGUGGGAAAUUAAAUGACUGUUUUUCUUUUUUUUUUUCAAAAGAGUAAUGUUAUAUAUACAUAUUUUUAAUACAUAAUUUAGGUAUACAGAUGAUUUGUUAU